AAAGGAAGAGUUGUUCCGAACCCGUCCCACUAGCUUAGUAAUAUAAACAGAAACCCCUUUUUAUGCCGUUGAAUUCAAAUUCCACCACUGUACCUUUUCACUCUGCUCUACCCUGACUCACUUUUUGAGAGAGAGAGAGUAAAAAACAUUCCAAUGUCGAUGUCCAUACCAAACAGAAGGCUCAAACGGAACCCUGCGCCGCCGCACAGCCCCAAUAUCAUCCACUUGCCCAUCAGAAGGCCUCGCAAGGAAAACCGCAAACCUACCGGGGAGAAACCCCAUUCGUCCCCGACCCGCCGCCCUUUUCUCCCUCCCCACCACGAAGAGAGGGAGUUCUCAAGUGGCGGCGUUGUCCCGAUUGUGGUUCUAAACUCCGCUUCGUGCGCCCAUAGAAGAGAGAGGGCAGAGGAAAACUGGAUGGUUCAAGCCGAGAUGUGGAGGGCGGAGUGUAGUUUCCUGAGGAUGGAGAGAGUGUUUGCUAUGAAGAAGCUCGAGAGGAACAGAGUCCAGAUGGAGGCUACUCUCAGAUCGGCUGUUCAGGCCCUCGUUGCAGGAAAAAAGAAAGUCUCUGAAGGAAAGAAUGAGGACGCCACCAAUGUAGAGCAAGAGAUUGAGGAAUUAGCAGCGAAGCUGGAGGAGUUGAGAAGGAGCUCAACAAAGGGAAAUUGGGAUUCUGAGAUUAAGAGGUGCAGCAAAAAGCUCAGUGGAUGGGGCUGUGAAAGAGGCUUAAGGAAUCCCCAACAUCUGUUUGAAACAAACUUGUCUGUCAACAAUGGCAGCCGAACUGAAAACAAAUCAACUCAUCCACAGGGAGAGUUAGAUGGAAGAGAGACAGAAGAAGGUGGAUCAACAAAUUCAAGCACUCCCAAUAACUCUGUACCCAGUUCCACUUCAUCUCCAAAGUUUUCCAUCACCCAAAAUCCCCAUCAGGAGGAGGGGGAGGCGUUAAUAAGAAGGCCAGUGGAGGAGGAGGAGAAGAGGUGCUCAGGGCAAUGCAAAGCAGUAGUGCGAAAGAUCAUAGAGCAAGUGAAAGCCGAGUCAGAUCAAUGGUCCCAAAUGCAAGAAAUGCUUGGGCGGGUUAGGACUGAGAUGCAAUACCUCCAUUCCAAAGUGCAGGAAUGGAAAGAGAAAGCACAGAGAUCCGAAGCCAAGGCUAAGGAGCUGGAGAAACAACUGUCUGCUGCGGCUCUGGAAAAGUUAACGUUGAGGGCGACAAAUUAUAAUCAAGGCGGCAGCAAGGAGGCAAUAAUAAAACCAACCCAGAAUUCUCCCAACAAGCUCUCAACCUGCAAACAUAUCGAGAAGGAGAAACCCGCCCCGGUUCCUCGAGCCAAGAACGAAACCCACACCGUUCACGACGACGACUAUGAUACUACAGAGAGGAGAACCCCGCAGAUUUCGCUGGCAAUGCAAAUAGAGAAGGAGAAACGGAGAAGAUCUCCGUUUGGAGAUGUGGCUAAUUCCACACGCGCACUGCUUGGCCAGAUGGGGCAGAAUGAAUAACAACUAAUAACUUGGCUGACGGCUUAAUUAACCUGCCGAGCAAAAGGAAUGCAGAGAUCUUUGCAGCAUGAAACAUUGUUCAUCAGUUUUCUCAAUUAAUAACAACAAACAUUGUAAACAAUCUCAUGAACAAAAAUAGUAAAAAAUGUAUCUGUUGGUCAAAAUAAUUCGAAACUCAAAAAAAUAUUACAAAAAAACAAAAAUGUACUAAGAAGAAGUAUAUUCCCUAUGCAAAAUAAAAAUUAUGAACAGAU